ACCCUCUUAACACUUAACCACCCAGUGUCAUCCACCCUCACGGUUCCAGGAGAGACCUCAUUAACACUUAAUCUCUCUUCCAGCAUACUCUAAAUAAUUCUAAAUGCCUCCUGUGACACUGGACUUGAAUAAGUCCGCGUCGGAUGUAUUGACGCGAAGGACACUGUCAAGCCUUUCGCUGGCGGUGGCAAAAUGCAAGAAGAUUGUUGUCGUGACGGGGGCAGGUAUUUCGUGCUCUUGUGGUAUCCCUGAUUUCCGAUCGACAGACGGUCUCUAUUCUCUUGUGAAACAACAAUACCCAGACGUCGUGUUGAAAGGGCGAGACCUUUUUGACGCGUCAUUAUUCCGCGAUUCAACCUCGAGCGCGGUUUUCUACACGUUCAUCUCUCAACUUAAACAAUCCAUCGACUCCGCUUCGCCCUCGUCCACUCAUCGGUUUAUCAAAACCCUCGACCAAAAACAGAAAUUGCUUCGAUCGUAUACACAAAAUAUAGAUGGACUUGAAGAAAAGGCUGGUCUUCUUGGAAGUUCAAGUCAACAAGCUAGGUCGAGUCCGAGUAAUGGGAAGGGCAAGGGGAAGUUGAGAAUAAAGGAUGUGAGGAAUGUGCAGUUACAUGGUGAUAUUCAUCGUGUGAGGUGUACGUUUUGUUCGGCAGAAAUGCCUUGUACCGAGGAGCAUUUGAGACAGUUUGAGAGUGGUAUUCCGCCACCUUGUCCUGAAUGCACGGAUCGUUCAGAAGCUCGUGUGGCACGUUCAGCUCGACCACUCAAAGUCGGUACUCUUCGACCUACCAUCGUAUUAUACGAUGAACCCCAUCCACUGGGUGACGAUAUUGGGUGUAUUCAAUCCUCUGACCUCACACGAAAACCCGAUAUGCUCAUCAUCAUGGGAACCUCUCUCAAAGUCCACGGUUUCAAAAAACUCGUCAAAGAGUUUUCUAAAACCGUACACGACUCUGCUCCCUCAUCCUUCUCCACUCCCUCAUUAUCGUCCACGCCAAUAAAGUCUAAAGCCAAACAACACGCCGGAAAGGUGAUUUUCGUGAACAAGACCCCACCUGGGACUGAGUGGGAUGGAAUCAUUGAUUAUCAUGUCGUUGGGGAGACGGAUAAGUGGUGUGACAAAGUUUUGGAAGACUGGAAGAAGAUGAGGCCUAUGGAUUGGGAAGUCCAGAAAACUCUAGACGGUGAAAUGAAGGUCGUGAAGGAGAUCACGAAUACGAUUAGCAUGGCUAAGGGCAAGGGUACGUUUUCGUUCAUCUAUUGUAUCCAUUGGAUAUAUGCCAAAUGCUCCUUUUCCGUGUUAUAGGAAAACUUGAAGCAGGAGCGAAACGGAAAAAAGAUAUCUUUAACGAGGAUCAUUCAAUAAUCUCUCCAUCCGCUCUUCCUCGCACCCGACCCCGACCAGCCACGCUAUCAGCACCCACCUCGCCAUCCAAACGUAGACUCAGUGGGAACCAUUACUCGACUGACUGUGAACACAAUUCGCCUACCAAGAAACGCGAUGCAAGACCUUCACUUGCGAAAGAGAAUAUCGACUUUGAAGGCCGAGGAUUAUUAUUUGGCGAUUCAACGAAUAACGCUCGUAAUGUACCCCUGCCUGAAGACCGAGGUGAUGAAUUCGACCUAGGCGAGGUUAAUUUGAAAGCUACUAGUGUGAGUGUCGGAGGUGGUGGCAGACCAAAGUCAAGGACGUCGAAACUACCAGAAGUGGUUCUGGACCUUGGUUCGAGGCCGAAUACGCGGUUGCAGGUUAGGAAGAACUCGCGGGUUCUGAGGAGUGCGAGUGUGAAGGGGAGCUUAAGCGCGGCUAGCUGAAGCUCCUUUACAACUCUCCUGGAUUUUGUUUGUCACUGCAUAUCCUAUAGUUCGGACGGGGGAUGCUUCCCCUUGUAGCAUAUCAUUAUUCGCUGUAUGUAUUAGUACACCUGCAUUGCACAAACUCUGACACCGGAGAUUGGUUUGAAACAAAGAUGUAUUCGAAAGCAACCUCUAAGAAAACCACACAUGAUAAGUGAU